AUGGAUGAUUUGAAGGUAAAAAUAGAUUCUUUGACUAGAGAGGUUCGAAACCUUAGCAAGGAGUUACAGAAAGGGUAUGAGGAAAUAAAGAAGCUGAGGGCAAGAACUAGGGAGCAAAAAGAAGGGAUAAUGCAAAGAGAUAGCAGGAUUGACGAGUUAAAUAUGUGUAUAUCGAAAUUAAAGAAGCGAAUUGAUGAAAAGACCAAGGAUGUUGGAAGUAGAGAAAAGGCCAUUAUAAAUGAGAGCAGAAGAAAGGAAUUAUUUAAUGAAAAAGUACUUGGGAGUUCUAGAAGCCAGGGGGAAUAUUAUAUUAGUUUAGAAAUGAAAAUACUUAACACACGACUUGAAAUAAUGAGAAGAUUUAUUCUUGAGAUUUCAAAGAGGUUUGGAUUUGAUUUUGAAGUCUUUGAUGAACUUACAAAGAUAUCGGAGAAUUUUGACGAUCCAGUUAUAUAUGCAUUCUUAAACAGCGUUUCUCCAAACAAACAGUCAUCCCAGGAAAAGAAAGAGAUGGAAUGA